AUAGAACUACAUACAGCCUCGCGCUCGUGAACGCGCUCGGAUACUAAAUCCGCUAGUCUGGAGCCGUCUGUCCUGCACAGACAGAGGGGAAAAUGACUCUUUUAACGAUUGUAAGGAUUUUUAACACGCAGGGGGAACAUUUAUGUUUCUCCUCUUCAAAACAUCGAUGAGUUACCGAGGUGGGGAAAACGAGCGGAUUGGAAACGAGGCGUUUUUGUGGAUUUUUUUGUUGGAUUAAAACGGAGCACCGCGGGGUUGUCGGGCCAGUUUAGAGUUGGAACAACGACCAGUUUCCUGUAACAGAUCCACUGCUUUGGAGGAAAAACAGCUUUCUGGCACUUUUAGCUGCUUCCACGCGGCCAGGUUGUUAUUUUAGUUUARAUAAUGUCUCAGAUGUGUGAAACAGUUGUAAGACAUUCAUUGGACUAGAGUCAAAGGCUCGGUUCCGGUCCAGACUGUUCUGCUGGUCCUGGGUCUGUUUACAUCCACCUGCCUGCCUCUUUCCUUCGUGAACCUUAGGUUGGGAGGAGACAUGUCCUUCUUCAAUUUCCGUAAGAUUUUUAAACUCGGGGCGGAGAAGAAGAAGAAGCAGUAUGAACAYGUGCGCAGGGACGAAAACCCGGAGGAGAUCUGGGAGAUCAUCGGAGAGCUGGGAGAUGGAGCGUUUGGAAAGGUUUUCAAGGCACAGAACAAGCAGACCGGCAUCUUGGCCGCGGCCAAGGUCAUCGACACGAAGACUGAGGAGGAGCUGGAGGACUACAUGGUGGAGAUAGACAUCCUGGCCUCCUGCGACCACAAGAACAUCGUCAAGCUGCUCGACGCCUUCUAUUACGAGAGCAAGCUGUGGAUCCUGAUCGAGUUCUGUGCCGGCGGGGCGGUGGACGCCGUCAUGCUSGAGCUGGAGAGACCCCUGACGGAGCCCCAGAUCCGGGUGGUGUGCAGGCAGACCCUGCAGGCGCUGGUCUACCUCCACGAAAACAAAAUCAUCCACAGAGACCUGAAGGCCGGGAACAUCCUGCUGACGCUGGACGGAGAUGUGAAGCUGGCUGACUUCGGCGUUUCUGCCAAAAACACCAAAACUCUGCAGCGAAGAGACUCGUUCAUYGGAACUCCUUACUGGAUGGCCCCCGAGGUGGUGAUGUGCGAGACCUCCAAGGACCGGCCCUACGACUACAAGGCCGACAUCUGGUCCCUCGGGGUCACCCUCAUCGAGCUGGCUCAGAUCGAGCCCCCCAACCACGAGAUGAACCCCAUGAGGGUCCUGCUGAAAAUAGCCAAGUCCGACCCCCCCACCCUGAUGCAGCCRUCCCGCUGGUCUCCAGAGUUUAAGGACUUCCUGAAGAGGAGUCUGGACAAGAACGUGGACAGCAGAUGGGGAGCAGCUCAGCUCCUUCAGCAUUCGUUUGUAAYGACGGUGACUGACAGCCGGCCGCUGAGAGAGCUGAUCGCCGAGGCCAAGGCCGAGGUCACCGAGGAGAUCGAAGAGCACAAAGAGGAGGAGGAGGAGGAAGAGGCAGAGGCACACCUGGGACACAAACGAGCCCUGUCAGAUGUCAGCRUCGUCAGCUCAGAGGAUGAGAAGAUCCCCCUGUCCCCCUCCAGCCUGGAGUCAGUCCCCGAGAAGCUGGAACCCAUCCGGUCCACCCCCACCGAGCUUCCUGUGGCCAACCAUGUGAUGGAGUCCAGUUCUGAGGAGGAGCCCUCUGCUCCUGCUGCUCCUGGCACUCCAGUUAACCAAGAAGAGACUGAAACCAAACCACCGGAGGCUCGGGUCUCCUCGCCGGAGUUGGAGAAAGAACCGGGGGCUCCGUCCAAAGAAAUGCAGCAGCUGCAGCUAAACGUGGAGGACGAGAAGGAGGUGGACACGGCUGAGACCCCUCAGGAGGAGAACACACCUGUCGAGGAGGAGCCAAACACUCCAGCUGAGGACAGAGAACCGUUCAAACACCUGAAGGUGACUCUGACUCUUCCGGAGGAAGACAAGCCUGUCCUGAAGCAGGACACCGAGGACAAACGUGCAGCUGAGGAGGACAAGAAGGAGACGGAGAAAAUGAAGAAGGAAAAGGACAGAGACUCUGAUUCAGGAAGUUGUUCCACCUCUGAUUACAGCAGCGUGGACCUGAACCUGUCCAUCUCCAGCUUCCUGUCCAAGACUAAAGAGCCUGGAUCCAUUUCUGUUCAGGACACUAAACGCCAGAAGAAAACAUUGAAAAAGACCCGUAAGUUCAUGGUGGACGGCGUGGAGGUCAGCGUCACCACGUCCAAGAUCAUCACCGACAACGACGCCAAGAACGAGGAGAUGAGGUUCCUCAGGAGGCAGGAGCUGAGGGAGYUGCGCCUCCUGCAGAAGGAGGAGCAGAGGGCGCAGCAGCAGCUCAGCAACAAGCUGCAGCAGCAGAAGGAGCACAUCUACCGCCGCUUUGAACAGGAGACCACGGGUAAGAAGCGGCAGUACGACCAGGAGGUGGAGAACCUGGAGCGCCAGCAGAAGCAGACAAUCGAGAGGCUGGAGCAGGAGCACACCAACCGGCUCCGAGACGAGGCCAAACGAAUCAAAGCCGAGCAGGACAAAGAACUGUCCAAGUACCAGAACACCAUGAAGAACCGCAAGAAAGAGGAGCAGGAGUUCCUGCAGAAGCAGCAGCAGGACCUUGACUCUGCUCUGAAGAAAAUCAUCCAGCAGCACAAACUGGAGCUGGCCACCAUCGAGAGGGACUGUCUGAACCACAAACAGCAACUGCUGAGAGCUCGUGAGGCAGCGAUGUGGGAGUUGGAAGAGCGCCACCUGCAGGAGAAACACCAGCUGUUGAAGCAGCAGCUGAAGGAUCAGUACUUCAUGCAGAGACAUCAGCUGCUGAAGAGGCACGAGAAGGAGAUGGAACAGAUGCAGCGCUACAACCAGCGACUCAUCGAGGAGAUGAAGAACAAACAGACUCAGGAGAGAGCCAGACUCCCCAAGAUCCAGCGGAGCGACGCCAAAACCCGCAUGGCCAUGUUCAAGAAGAGCCUCCGCAUCACAGCGGCCUCCAUCACCCCCGAGCAGGAGAGGGAGAAAGUCAAACAGUUCGCAGCUCAGGAGGAGAAGAGGCAGAAGAACGAGCGGCUCCAUCAGCACCAGAAACACGAGAACCAGAUGAGAGACCUGCAGCUGCAGUGUGACGCCAACAUYCGAGAACUCCAGCAGCUGCAGAACGAGAAGUGCCACCUGCUGAUAGAACACGAGACCCAGAAGCUGAAGGAGCUGGACGAGGAGCACAGCAUGGAGCUGAAGGAGUGGAGGGAGAAACUACGACCCAGGAAGAAGGCGCUGGAGGACGAGUUCGCCAGGAAGCUGCAGGAACAGGAAGUGUUCUUUAAGAUGAGCGGCGACUCAGAGUGCCUUAACCCAUCUAACCAGAGCCGCAUCUCCAAAUUCUACCCCAUCCCCAGCGUCCACUCCACCGGGUUCUAACCGGACCCAGUUUACACACACACACACACACACACACACACACACACACACACACACACACACACACACUCCGUUAAAGACUGACACGGGUUCUGCUCAGAGUUUUGAAGGAUUUUCAUCAAAGUGACGCUGCUGUCCGACCUGUUCAUAGAUGUGAAGGUCCGGUUCCUGCGGAACCAGACGGUUCUGGUUCUGAAUAUUGUCUUUGUCGUUCCCKUUAAAGGAUUGAACUGCAGAAACUCUGGACCGGCCGCUGAUGCCACCAGGCCAGGUUUGUGUCGGCCAUCUUGUAAGGAGCUACGUGUAUCAGUCUGCACUUUCAUCAGUCCAAAAACACAAAAAUAACUUUAUUUGACUGAAGUUAAAACAUAAACCAUGUUUCUGUUCAGAGCAUUGAUCUGGAUUACUGGACUGGACAUCGCCUGUAGCCGCUAUAGCUAGCGACACACCGCCAUAGGAGUCACUACUGUUCACUGAGUCAUGUCAACAAAACAGUAGAGUUUCAAUGAGGGAUGUACAUCAAUCUGUCACAAAGAAAUAUUCGGAGCACCCUCAUUUCUUAUCCUAUUUCUAUAAAACAUGACUUAAAUUAAAGCUGAGAAAAUUG